GACGACGCUCAGGCAUAGCGGUAGCAAAUAGCUGCACUUCGCACGAGGCGGUGUCAUCUAGUGACGCUAGCAGACGCUCACUCUCGCUUCUUUCCCAACGCCGUGGCAUCCGACCCGUUCUGUCUGCGCUGCACAACGCCGCUGGGAGCAAGACCCCGAAAGACGUCUAUCUAAAGGUUGCGCAAGUGAGCUUGAACUUCCCCUUCGCGAGGUCAAACAGGUUUCGCCAGCGGCUCGUCUCCUGGCAAGUGGGUCGAACGACGCGCUCUGCCACAGUACACUGUCAGCGGCUCCGAAGUCGAGACGCAGUGCAUACGGCUACGCGCGCCGGCAGGUUCCGUACUCUCGAAUCUAAGUUUGCUGCGCGGAAAAAUCUCGCGAAGAACGGCGGGGGAAAUGGCCAGCCAGGAGUUUGAGAGCGUCGAGAAGAUCCUCACGGAGCAUCUGCCGCCGGAAGAGUAUCAGAAAGUGCGCGGCGUUCUCUACGGCAAGGAAUGCGCAGCUCUCGACCUGGAUCGCGAGGCUCUCGCACUGGCCGAAGAGCACAAGUUCGAGAUCAAGGGCUACAAAAUGACGGCCGAGAAGGAGGAGAUGCGGCCACCGCGAGUGGUGCGCCUCGGCCUGGUGCAGAACCGCAUCGUGCUGCCCACGACCGAACCGGUGGUCGCACAGCGGGAAGCGCUGCACCGCCGCAUCGAGACCAUUGUCGAGGCGGCUGCAUUGUGCGGAGUUAACGUCAUCUGCUUCCAGGAGACCUGGCACAUGCCGUUUGCAUUUUGCACCAGAGAGAAAACACCGUGGUGCGAGUUUGCAGAAUCUGCUGAAUACGGCCCAUCUGUUCAGCUCUGUCAGCAGAUGGCUAAAAAGCACAACAUGGUGGUGAUCUGCCCUAUUCUGGAGCGCGACGACUCCGACGUUCUCUGGAACGCCGCCGUGGUGGUCUCAAACAGCGGAGCCAUUCUGGGGAAGUCCCGAAAGAACCACAUUCCGCGAGUGGGUGACUUUAAUGAGUCUACUUACUACAUGGAGUCAAAACUCGGGCAUCCAGUGUUCCAGACACAAUUUGGCAAGAUUGCUAUCAACAUCUGCUACGGAAGACAUCACCCCCUCAACUGGCUCAUGUAUGGUGCUAAUGGAGCGGAGGUUGUCUUCAACCCCUCUGCGACAGUGUCUGGACUGAGCGAGCCAUUGUGGCACGUCGAGGCCAGGAAUGCCGCCAUCGCAAACAGCUACUUUACGUGUGCCAUCAACAGGGUGGGAACAGAAGUAUUUCCUCGAGAAUUUACUUCUGGUGACAAGAAGCAAGGUGAGGUUUGCUUGGCUCACCGGGAUUUUGGACAUUUCUAUGGUUCCAGUUACGUGACUGCUCCUGACGGAAGUCGCACGCCUGGCCUCUCGAGAAUCAACGACGGCCUCUUGAUCACUGAGGUGGACCUGAACUUGUGCCGACAGGUCCGUGACACCUGGGGCUUUAGGAUGACGCAGCGCACGGAGAUAUACGCCGAUGCCCUCUACUGGGUGGCUCAGCCUGCGUUUGAGAAGCAAGUGGUUGUGGACCCGACAGCGGGAGGCGACUACUGAGGCUUCUCUAGAGCUGCGAAGCACUUGGAUAUGCUUCACUGAGUAAUGCCCAAGAUCUGCUACAACUGGGCCUCAGCUGGAGGUGAUGGCCUGUUGCACGAGUUCCUCUUCGGGAUCACACCAAGCGCUCUCAGGAUUCUACCGCUUACUGGAUUUAUAUCCUCAAUUAUGCAAUCAAACAUAUUUUUUUCUAUCGUCGACCAUCAACUGCAACAGACAGCUGGCUUUGGAACAUAUAUAUAUUUUUUUUACAGAAUAAAAUAUAUACACUUCUUA